GACUUCCUUUCUUCGGAGCACCUCGAGGGAGAGGGCCAGCCAAACCCCUAAGGCCUUCAGUCAUCAUGGCCUUGAAACCUGAGGACCCUAGUGGUGGUUUCCAGCAUGACAAGGUGGUAGCUUUCAUCAAUGAGAAGAUGGCCGGGCACACGAAAGGCCCCGAGUUCUACAUCGAGAAUCUAUCCCUGUCCUGGGAGGAGGUGGAGAACAAGCUCAGGACCAUCCUGGAGGACAGCGCAGUGUCCAGCGAGGCUAAAAACGCCUGUGCCUGGAGCAGCCUGGCCCUGGGCGUGCGCUUUGCCCACAAGCAGGGCCAGUUACAGGGGCGCAGGGUACACUGGCUCCAGGACUUCGCCAAACUGCAUAAGUCCGCCACACAGGCCUUGGCCUCAGACCUAAAGGAGCUCACAGCACAGCAAGAUAUGGAGCGCCAAGAGGCAGCCUUUCAGCUGCGGCAGACACAAGCCAACCUGGCAGAGAUGCAGAAGGAACGGGACCUCCUGAGGUGGAAGCUCCUCCGGGCUGAGCUGGGGUCUCCGCAGGAGUGGGAGCAGAGGGUUCAGGUCACAGAGAAGCCAGGCCUGACCACUGCCAGUGGGACUGGGACAGAAGGAGCAGGUGAGGAGGAAGAGGAGGCGGGGGCUGCUGCUACUUCUGCUACAACUGCUGACACUAUAAGAAGAGGAAGACGACAGAAGGACUCAGAAGGGUCAGAGGUCACAAAGAAACUGGGUAGAGGCCCCACACACAUUUUUGGAGGAGGAGCAGAAAAAUUACACCACUGGUGGGCAGAGGGAGGGAGAUCUCAGGUCAAUAGAAACAGCCAUGUUUUAUUUCUCUGGGACCAUGAAGCGGGGGUCCAGAGUCACACCAUCGCCCCUUCCUGUCCAGCUCCCUGCCUCAUUCACAUACUCCUACUCAUGCCCUUCAUCCCCCUUCCCACCUACACCCACACCAUCCCCACCAGCAGCAACGUUCACAGCAGGAGGAACUCCGUCUCCAACAUCUCCCCACUGGAAGCCCUCUGAUGUUAGUGUGUGGUCUGAUGCAGGGUCCCAGGGAACAGAAACUCAAGAAUCCCAAAGAGACAGGCGAAACUCUGAACCCUAUCAGCAGAGAAGACUUCCCAUAUUUCGCAGGCCUGGGGAUUGGGACUGUCCUUGGUGUAAAGCUGUGAAUUUUUCACGGAGGGAAAUCUGCUUCCGCUGUGGGAGGGGAAUUUGGCUGCAAAGCCCUCAGUGAAUUCAGAAAUGUGAAAUAGAACAUA